AUGUCAAAGAAAAGGCCUUCGAAAGACUUGGAGGACUUUGAAUCAUUGAAAAAUAGGCUUACUAAGAAGCAUUUGAAGAGGAGUGAGAAUGGCAGCUCCGAUCAUAGCAGGAUUGGCAAUAGUGAUCAUCAAAGUGAAGCAGGAACUGAAGAAGAGAAAGGAGCGGAAAGCACUACGGAAGCAGGAGCAGGACGAAGCGUCAACAGCAGCUUCUCAGAUGGUAGACGAUGGCAAAACAGAAGUUGGAAGCAUUUCGCAUUCGGUGGAAAAGCUGUAAACCCCUUGGAAGUUGACGCUAAAGAAGAUUUACCAAAAAUAAUGCCGCGAGGUUUUCAAAUAAUGGCAAAUAUGGGCUACAAAGUAGAUGAUAGUUUAGAUAUAACAUUAAAGUUAGCUCGCAUGCCUGAUUUUUCUCUACGGAGUCAAAGUAGAAAGGGCCUGCGAGGGAAUGAGACUGUUGAACACAGGAACAGGCUAAGUAGUAAUAAAAUGACAAAUAAGAAGAUUGGUAUCUUGCAAUCAUUGCAAGAGAUAGCGUUUGAGAUGACAGGUGAUAUGAACAUAUACGCUCCGGGACAGGAUCCAAGGGACUUCAAUGUGCUUUGGAGAAGUUACGUGAGACAGCUCAACGGCUAUAUCGUCAAGAAACCAAUCAUCACAGAACCUGACACCGAGGAAGAAUUACGGCUAGAAGAAGUACACGAGAUUGAUGGUCACCUAAAAAUUAUCAGCACUGAGGAAGGAGAAGAGGCAGAGGAGGAUGUUUCCGUAGAUGAUCAGAAUAAUCGUAUUUCCUCUUUAGAGGUAGAGUUUCUACCAGACGACUAUGAUGGGGAAGACGAGGAGCUGGACCUCUUUCUGCACCUCGAUAUAGAUGAGCAGAUCAUGAAAAUACACAUAUUCUUGCGUUCUGAACUCUAUUAUUGUUUUUAUUGCGGAAAGAAAUAUCAAAGUGACCAAGAGAUGUUUGAAAAUUGUCCUGGGAUCAUAGAAGAUGACCAUAAAUGA